AUGCCAUCCCUUCCCCCGUACCGCGGGACCUCUCGUCGACUGGUCUUAGGCAUCGAUGUCGGCACCACAUUCUCCGGCGUCGCGUACGCAGUUCUCGAUCCUGGACAGGUUCCCACCAUCCAGAGCAUCACUCGCUUUCCCGGUCAGGAAGACGCGGCUGGGAACUCCAAGAUCCCCUCUGUCCUGUACUACAGACAGGAUGGCACGGUCCACUCCGCCGGUGCCGAAGCGACGCUCCCUAACAUGGAUAUCACCGCCGACGACGAAGACCUCAUCUUCGUCGAAUGGUUCAAACUCCACCUCCGCCCCCCACGGCUCGACGCCUCCUCCGUGAAGAAGGCGGACAUCCCCUCGCUCCCGCCAGGGAAAGACGCCGCCGCCGUCCUCGCCGACUUCCUCCGCUACCUCUUCGCGUGCGUGCGCCGGUACGUGUGCGAGACGCACGGCGGCGGCGAGCGCCUCUGGGCGUCGGUCGCGGACCGCGCCGAGGUCGUCCUCGCCCAUCCGAACGGCUGGGAGGGCCCGCAGCAGGCGGUGAUGCGCGCCGCCGCGGUCGCCGCGGGGCUCGUGCCGGACUCGGACGCGGGCCGCGAGCGCGUGCGGUUCGUCACGGAGGGCGAGGCGAGUCUCAACUUUUGCGUGCGGAGCGGGUUGGCGGCGGACACGCUCAAGGACCAGGAUGGUGUCAUCAUCGCCGAUGCUGGAGGUGGAACGAUCGACGUGAGCAGCUACUCUUUCCAAACUCUUGAGCCUGUCUCCGUCGAGGAGGUGGCAACUCCCGGGUGCCUCCUCCAAGGAUCUACUCGGGUGAAUGUCAGAGCUUCAAAGUUUCUUAAAGCACUCCUUAAGGACUCUGAUUACGGUAACUCGGAUGAUAUGAAGGCGAUGAUACAGAACUUCGAAAAGUCGACGAAGGCCAUCUUCAAGAGUAAGAAGGACUCUUCUUACAUCCGUUUUGGUACCAUGAGAUGCAACGACGAAGCAGUGAACAUCCGGCGCGGGCAGCUUACUAUCUCGGGUGCCGACAUGCUUUCGUUCUUCAAGCCGUCACUCGAUGCCAUUAUGAACGCAAUCAAAGGCCAACUCAAAGAAGCCGCCUUGACCUGUCAACUGAGGACCGUUUUUCUCGUUGGGGGCUUCGCUGCGAGCCCGUGGCUCAACAGCGCAUUGAAAGAGGGUCUGAACGGACUCGGUCUCAGAUUGUAUCGCCCUGACGCACACACGAACAAAGCCGUCGCGCACGGUGCUGUCUUACACUAUAUCGACAACUUCGUGUCCGCUCGCGUCACUAAAGUCACCUAUGGAACGUCCGUCUCGGUGCUCUACAACCCAUUCGACGAGGAGCAUCGUGCGCGAGUGCACACAAAGGUUUCAUGGGCCUCCGGAGAAGAGCGACUUCCGGAAGGAUUUUCAGUGAUCCUUGAGAAGGGAAAACGUGUACGUGAGAGCCAGGAGGUGGGGAGCCUUUACGUUGAACACUCGCGCGAUUCCCGGACCCUCAACGGAGUCGCUGCUGAGAUCCUUGGAUACCGCGGCCCCGAGCGCACUCCUCGCUGGGUUGACGUGGAACCUGAACUUUACGCACCUCUGUGUACCGUCUAUGCCGAUACUUCCAGAGUCGUACGGCAACCCCAAUUUGGCCCGAAGGGUACCUAUUAUUCACAAGAAUUCAAGAUCAUCCUGCUUUGCGGUCAGACAGAGCUGAAGGCGCUAAUCAGUUGGCAGGAAGACGGGCUAGAAAGACGUGGCCCGGCGAAGAUUGUGUACGACAACGAUCUAAGCAACUCUCGCUCUUGA